CAGCCAAACACGUGACAGUUUAACUUUCAGUUGACCUAAGAGUGGAACUAUAAAGUGCAGAUCAUCAGCAGCAAUAUCAUCAAAGAGCAACUUCUAAAAACCAGAGAUGGCCGAUAAUAUUCCCCUUGUUGAUUCAGAAGAGACCGAGGGAUCAGACCUCAGGAUGGUUCUGGUUGGCAGAACUGGAUCUGGAAAAAGUGCAACGGGAAACACCAUCUUAGGCAGGAGGGUUUUUAAGGCUGAACUGUCUUCUUCCUCUGUAACAUCAGCGUGUCAGAAGGAGAUGGGGCAGUUUGAAGGUCAGAUUCUGUCCGUGGUCGAUACUCCAGGUCUUUAUGGCACCUUUAACACGGAGGAGGAGCUGAAGAUGGAGAUCGGCCGAUGCAUCUCCUUCCUGGCUCCUGGUCCUCAUGUGUUCCUGGUUAUACUCCGUCCAGACAGAUUCACUAAUGAAGAACAAAAAACAGUUGAGCUAAUUCAGGAGGUCUUUGGAGAACGGUCGGCAGCGUACACCAUGGUGCUGUUCACUCGAGGAGAUGAGAUGGAGGAGGAGGGCAUCUCCAUGGAGAUGUUCAUUUCUAAAAAUCCAUCUCUCCGUUCGUUCGUCUCUCGCUGUGGUGGAAGAUAUCAUGUCUUCAACAACAAAAGAAACAAUCCAGAACAGGUCAGAGAGCUGCUGGAGAAGAUCAACAGGAUGAUCGAGAUGAAUGGAGAGAAAUACUACACCAACGAUCUGUUAGAUAAGGCUGAGAAAGCCAUAAGAGAGAAGAUGGAAAAACUAAUGAGGAAGCACCCUGACAUGACGGUUGAUGAAGCACGAAGACGAGCAGAGCGCAAAAAUCCUUUCCUUAAACUUCUAGCAGCUGGAGUUGUGGAAGCUGGAGUGGGAGCUGGAGUGGGAGUGGGUGUAGAAGUGGCUGUUUUUGCAUCCAUUGGAGCUAUAGGGGGACCAAUAGGAGCAGCUGUUGGAGUGGGAGUUGGUCUGGCUGUAGGAGGUAUAGCAUUAGCAGUAAAGAAGAAGGGCUGUAAAAUCCAGUAAUUAGCUGCUAUGAUCAGAGGGAUCACUGAAACAAACAACCUGCUGGGCUUCCGAAGGAAGAAGCAUUUUCAAUCUUAUUGUAUAAUUGUUUGAUAACGAUGAUUUAAUUGUUUUUAUGCUUAAUUGGACUAAAUUAUUUCUAUUUCUCUGUGUAACUUUCAUUUGUUUAUUCUGGCUGUGGGUUUAAAUACAA